AUUCUGUCCAGUCGGAGCGAGGCAGCAGCGGCACGGCCGUAGUUUUGUGAAAGUGCGGGUUCUGCUCAUUUUCCUUCUUCUUAAUAACGAAACACCGACGGCAACAGGAAAAGAGAAAGAGUUGAUCGCAGUCCACACGGAGUACGUGAAAUUAAUAUAGAGAAUGAGUUUACCACUCGGUGUUAUCCUGUUCUUCGUUCUCGCCGUUUACCCGGCAGAUGUAUUUUCGGUGAAGUGCAUAGAGAAUGGCAAAUUUUAUCGGGAUCCUAGCUUGUCGUCGGGGAAAGCGUGGACGGGGAGCGAAUGCGCCAAGUAUUUCCUAUGCUUGGAAGGCGAGGUCUUCGAGUUCCGCUGUUCGAUCGGUCUACUUUUCGACGUGAAAAGGCAGAUCUGCGAUUUCAAAGCGAACGUGGACAAUUGCGACAUCACCAUCGAACCCAUCAUCCCCAGACCGCUUCUGACCGAUGGAGACUGCGAGGAUGAUUUCGAAUUGGCAUGUGCAGAUUCCACGUGCUUACCGGAAGAAUACUUUUGCGACGGAUCUCUGGAUUGUCCCGAUGGAAGCGACGAAGGACACUGCGAUGAAUUUAUAGAUCACAGCUCUGCGGUGGAGUGCGACGAAAGCAAUUGCAAAUUGCCGAAUUGCUUUUGCUCCGCCGAUGGUACUAAAGUUCCGGGAAAUCUGAAUCCCAGCAGAAUCCCGCAAAUCAUAAUGCUUGCUUUCGAAGAUGCCAUCAACUUCGACAAUUACGAUCUGUUCGACAACAUCAUACUGAACGAAAACAGGUCGAAUCCCGACGGGUGUCCUAUUAAAGCCACAUUCUUCGUCAGUCAUCAAUACAAUAACUAUCAGCAGACACAAAGAUUGUGGAAUAGGGGCCACGAGAUUGCCGUGCACUCCAUUACGCAUCGCGGACCGGAGGAUUGGUGGUCGCUAAACGCUACGAUUGAAGAUUACUUCGAUGAAAUGGUUGGCCAGGCAAACAUCCUCCAUAAAUUCUCCAAGAUACGAAUGAGCGAAAUGAAAGGAUUCCGUGUGCCGUUCCAAAAAGUAGGAUGGAACAGGCAAUUCCUAAUGGCCAAAGAAUUCGGAUUUCUUUACGACGCCUCGAUUGUCGCCCCGUUCAACGAUCCUCCACUUUGGCCGUACACUUUAGAUUACAAAAUUCCUCACCAAUGCGUCGAGCAGAACUGCCCGAAUCGACCGUAUCAGGGUUUAUGGGAGAUGGUACAGAACCCCUUGAUGCUCAACGGCCUGACCUGCACUUCAAUGAAUUCCUGUCCGCGCAAUUUAAGCGGAAAUGAAGUUUACAGAAUGCUACAUACCAAUUUCAAGCGCCACUACAGUUCAAAUCGAGCACCUUUCGGAUUGAAUCUUCAUUCUGCUUGGUUCAAAAACGCUGAUUAUUUACAAGCGUUUCAGACUUUUAUGGAUGAAAUACUGGAAUUGCAAGAUGUUUGGUUCGUAACACACACACAAGCCAUCAAAUGGAUGCAAAAUCCGCAAGAAACGAACCUACAUCAAAUUUGGGGCUGCGACAAACACAUCGCCAAAGAGGAAAUCGUUUGCAAAACCCCAAACAUUUGUAAACUGUACAGCCAGGUCUUCCAGCAAGAAAGAUAUUUCCAUACGUGCAUGGAGUGUCCACCGAAAUAUCCUUGGAUCAGAAACGAGUUUGGUUUGGAUUAAGAAAACAACAUAAUCCACAAAUUCAAUAUUUAAUAUAGUUUUUAUAUAUAUACUUUAAUAUUAAUGCAACAAAGGUUCUGAAGUAUUAAAAGAACGCGAAUCAGAGCAGAUUAAUUAUAUUUGAAUUUUUUGCAGUCGUUC